AUGGCGUCUACUGCUCGUCCCAAGCUCAAAACUGCCUUCAAAAAGGCAAGGGUUAUUGCCCCUCUUCAUACUGAAGGCCCGGUCGCCGUCACCCACGAUGGCACAAAGCUCUUCACGUGCGUGGGCGAGGAGGCUCUCAUGACAGACGUCAAAGAGGGAAAGGAGAUUUGUCGCUUUGCUGGUGACACCGAACCCAUCACAGCGCUAUGCAUUACCCCCUCCUCUACCCACCUACUCGUCUUUACGUCCUCUCUCGCACUGCGUAUCUAUGAGAUCCCGCCCUUAAACACACCACUCAGCAGGCCCGUCCACCCUCUCCGGGUCGUAGCCCGCGCACACGAUGCGCCCGUGCAUGUCUGCAAAGCGGACCCAACUUCUACCUAUCUCGCCUCCGGCUCCGCCGACGGUGUCGUCAAGGUAUGGAACAUCCUCCGCGGGUACGUCACCCACGUCUUCAAAGGCCACGGCGGUGUCGUCAGCGCGCUCGCGUUCAACUAUCCGUUCGAUCCCUCUGCCGUCAAUCGGGAAACGAAAAUGCAGCUCGUCACCGCUUCGGUAGAUACCCGUAUACGUAUCUUUGACCUGUCAGCUGCUGCAGCGAAGACCGGUGCGGCGCCAAAGCCGGAAGCGGUCCUUGAGGGGCACGUUUCCGUCCCGCGUGGGCUAGAUGUGUCCCAGGACGGCAAAUGGCUCGUCAGCGGUGGACGUGAUUCGGUGGUUUUGGUCUGGGACAUAUCCGCGAAGCAGUCCGCUGCGCAGAAGACUAAAAGCAGCAAGGGCAAGGGAAAAGAAGCUGCCUUUUCCCCUUCACUUACCAAGACUAUUCCCGUGUUGGAACGUGUGGAAGCUGUUGGGUUAUUACGCCCUGACGAAGACUUGGCUGGAGCGCCGUCGGAAGCUGGUAAAUUACGCUUCUACACUGGUGGUGAGAAAGGCGUUGUGCGGAUAUGGGACGCACGAGAGGGUGUUGUGCUAUUCACGUUGGGUCACGAGCAGGAUGAGGUUAUGGAAGACCAAGAAGAGCAGAGGCAGAUCAUGGAUAGCAUCUAUAUCCCGGCGACAUCCACAAUUAUUUCUAUUCACGCUGACCAAAACAUCCUGUUCCACUCCCUCUCGUCACAGUCCCUCACGCGCCAGGUGAUCGGAUUCAAUGACGAGAUUGUUGACACAACUUUCCUCUCGCCAUAUCUUCCCCCGCAGGCGGGCCCCUCCUCGUCUCAACUCACGGACACGCAUGUAGCGCUAGCGACGAAUUCGUCCCUCAUUCGCGUGUACUCUGCCUCGUCGCUGGAUGCCCGAUUACUCUCCGGGCAUUCGGAAAUCGUGCUCUGCCUCGACCAGGGUGCCGGCGGCCGCGUCCUGGCCAGUGGGAGCAAAGACCGCUCGGCGCGGAUAUGGGCGCCUGUACGUCAGUCCGGGGAUGCAGGCGCCAGCGCGUCUGUACCAGAAUGGGGAUGUGUCGCGCUUUGUGAAGGGCAUGCGGAGAGCGUCGGCGCGAUCGCGAUGUCUCGCAGAGCGGACGUGGAUAGCCCUGGCGGAAAAUUGCGCUUCAUGUUCACUGGAAGCCAGGACCGGACCAUCAAAAUGUGGGACCUGUCUAAUGUGCCUUUGGCGUAUUGUAGGCCAUCAAACAACGAAGACGGAGAUGAAGAAGGCACAGAACGGGUUGUCAAGUGCAAGAGUCUUACCACGCACAAGGCGCACGAUAAGGAUAUCAACUCGCUCGAUGUCGCGCCUAACGAUCGAUUCGUAGCCUCUGGCUCGCAGGACCGCAUGGCAAAGGUGUGGGAGAUUGAUUACAUCAUCUCUGGUGGUGCAGUGCGCGGCGAGGUGCGUCUGUUAGGGACAUGCAAGGGACACAAACGCGGUGUGUGGUGUGUGCGCUUUGGACGCGCGGAGCGCGUGCUUGCGACAGGCAGUGGAGACAAGACAGUCCGGCUCUGGAGUUUGGACGACUUCACGUGCCUGAAGACGUUUGAGGGGCAUACGAACUCGGUCUUACGCGUCGAUUUCAUUAAUGCCGGCAUGCAGAUGGUCAGCUCCGCGAGUGAUGGGCUGGUCAAACUGUGGAAUGUGAAAGACGAGGAGUGCGCAGCGACCAUGGAUAAUCAUGAAGACAAGGUCUGGGCACUUGCAAUCAGUAGAGACGAGUCCACCAUUGUCUCAGGUGCUGCCGAUUCGGUGGUCACCUUCUGGAAAGACUGUACGGAGGAACAGGAGAUCGAGAAGGAGACACAGCGUGUUGAUAUGGUCCAGAAGGAGCAGGACUUCAUGAACUACCUCGCUCUGCACGACUACCGGAAUGCCAUCUCCCUCGCGCUCGCCAUGGACCAACCUGGGCGCCUCCUUUCGCUUUUCCGGAACAUCCAAUCUUCCACCUCCACUGCGAGCUCACCGGAACCGUCGCACUCUGGCCACCCCGCCGUCGACACCGUCCUGCGCACCCUUGCCGCGGGCGACCUUGCGCGGCUCCUGCGGUACAUCCGCAUGUGGAAUGCGACCGCCAAGACGAGCGGUGUUGCGCAGCGCGUCCUGCACGCCCUGGUGAAGCUGCGUCCUGCGGGCGACAUUGUGCGCGCGUUCAGCGAGGACGGCGUCCCGGAUGUCAGCGUGGGAGUCUCUGAAGGUGAUGGUUCGUUCUCGCUCAAUAUCACGCCCAAGGGUGCAGAGCGGGGCGCGACAGCGCUCAAAGACUGGGUGGAAGCUGUCAUCCCGUACACGGAACGACAUCUCGCGCGGAUGGAACGGCUCCUGCAAGAUAGUUAUGUCGUUGACCAUCUUCUAGGGGAGAUGGACGACGGCAUGUUCGAUGAUGUUGACAGCAAUGUAGAUGGCGCCAAUGCAAGUAUCAUGACGCCUAUGGAUGUAGAUAGGGCAGUAGAAGCUGGAGUGUAG